GAAAACAAAAACUUAAGGAUAUUAUAUUAUGAUAUCAUGCUAGAUUUUAUUCCAUACGUAUCAGAUGUAUAUAUAUCUCUAUUCUUUGGUCAAUAUAUCCAUCUUCAAAACUAUUUACAUAAUAGAUUUCAACUUAAUUUAUCUUUUCCUCUAAUCAGUAAUCGCUAUGCAGUAAUUCUACUCUCUUUUUUCCAGUAAUUCUACUUCACAACCCCUAUAAGAAGCAAACCUAAGGUUGCUGCUCACAAGAGACACUGAUAUAUUCACAUUUUCCUUGAUAUUCUUCUUCCAAAUGGAACUUCCCACAAUGAGUUUUAGCUUGCGCACUUUCUUAACUAUCCAUGCUGUCAUUCUUGUGUUGCAACUCACUUUCCUUUUCUUUACAGUAUAUGCUGCAGCUGCAGCACUUAGUAAUGAGACUGAUAAACUUGCCUUAAUUGGCUUCAAGUCCCAAAUAACUGAAGAUCCAUCCGGAGUUGUAGCCUCGUGGAAUGAAUCUGUCGACUUCUGUCGGUGGGCUGGAGUAAGAUGUAGCCUUAGACAUGAAAGAGUCAUCAGUUUGAAUCUCCAAGGUCAGAGAUUGGCAGGUACAAUCUCACCUCAUCUUGGAAACCUCUCUUUCCUCAAUUCCCUUGACCUUUCAGAAAAUUCGUUACACGGUCAAAUUCCUCAAGAACUCAGCAGGUUAUUUAGGAUUCAAAAGUUGAAUCUGAGUUUCAACUUACUAGGAGGGGGAAUUCCAGUUAAUAUUUCGCAUUGUGUUAAACUCAAGAGCCUCAUCUUAGAACGCAACUUUCUCGUAGGACAGAUUCCUUCUGAUGUUGGAUCACUAACAAAGCUAGUGCAACUUUAUCUCAGAAAUAACAAUCUAACAGGAACAAUUCCCGCUUCUAUUGGGAAUCUAACAUCUUUACAACAGCUGCACUUAUCAUAUAACAAUUUAGCAGGACAAGUGCCUGCUUCUAUUGCUAGAUUGACCAAAUUGAGAGAGAUUGGAGUAGCAGUAAAUAGACUAUCAGGGGAGUUUCCUGCUACAUUGUAUAAUUUGUCCUUUCUUGAAUUAAUAUCAAUUUCUUACAACAACUUUGUUGGUAAUCUCAGAUUCGAUAUAGGCAACUUGUUCCCUAAUCUUCAGAUACUUCAUUUAGCGCAGAAUCACUUCAUUGGUUCCAUUCCAUCCUCUUUAGCCAAUGCUACAAAACUGCUGCAGCUUGAUAUUCCUCAAAAUAAUUUCACUGGAACCGUACCAUCAAGUUUUAGUAACCUACGAAAUCUGCUGUGGCUCAAUGUUUUUGGUAAUUCUCUUGGAAAUGGUGCACCUGAUGACCUCAACUUCAUAGAUCAUCUAACCAAUUGCAGCAACCUUCAAUUCCUACAUAUCGGACUAAAUCAGUUUGGAGGUAUUCUUCCCAACUCCAUAGUGAACCUGUCUAGCCAUUUGACAAGGCUAAUUAUAACGGGAAAUCAGAUCCGAGGAACCAUACCUAAAGACAUCUCAAACUUGGUGAGCUUGGAUUUACUCUACUUGGGUUACAACCGUCUAACAGGCAGCAUUCCAGAUUCUGUUGGCAACCUACCAAACUUGGGAAAUAUCGGUUUGGAUUCAAAUUCUUUGACAGGGGUGAUUCCUCCUUCUAUAGGCAACCUUACUAAACUUUUAUAUCUUUAUUUGUCAUAUAACAAGCUAGAAGGAACCAUACCUCCAACUCUAGGAAACUGCAAGCAGUUGCAAUAUAUCCUGCUUUACAAAAACAAUCUGAGUGGAGCUAUACCCCAGCAACUCGCGACUCUUUCAUCUCUCAUACUAGUUAACGUGUCUUAUAACUCCUUUACUGGUCACCUCCCAACCGAUAUAGGAAAUUGGAGCCGUCUUAUUUCUCUUGAUCUUUCUCAUAACAGCUUUUCCAGUAUAAUUCCACCAUCCCUCGGAAACUGCUUGGAUUUGCUGGAAAUCCAAAUGCAGAGAAACUCCCUCCAAGGAACCAUUCCUAAUUUAGGCGGCUUGAAGAAUCUACAGUUAUUAGAUCUUUCCUUGAACAACCUAUCCGGGUCCAUUCCUCAUUCCAUGGGAACUCUUACUUCCUUAAUCUACUUGAACCUGUCAUUUAACAAUCUAGAGGGUAAUGUUCCUGUUACUGGACCAUUUUCCAACUUAAGUGCUCUGGUAUUAGUUGGGAACCGCAAGCUUUGUGGUGGGAUUCAAGAACUGAAUUUACCACCAUGUGCUGUUCAAGAACCCCAGAGAACACGAAAGAAGCAUGUACUUGCCCUCAAGUUUAUUUUGGUCAUUGUAUUUGUUGCUUCGUUCUCAAUCCUGCUGCCGGUUAUUGUGUUCCUUUAUCGGAGAAGAAGUUCGAAAGAUCAAAUAGAUGAUAGAUCUACAUCUGGAAACUUCACCAAAAUUUCUUAUCAGCAGCUCCUCAAAGCAACUGGUGGAUUUUCUUCUGAAAAUUUAAUUGGCUCUGGAGGUUUCGGGACUGUUUACAAGGGAACUCUAGGCCCUAACGGAAUGGUUGUUGCUGUCAAGGUACUCAAUCUCCAGCAGGAAGGAGCUUCAAAAAGCUUCAUAGCAGAAUGCCAAGCAUUGAGAAACAUUAGGCACCGGAACCUUAUCAAGGUCAUCACAGCCUGCUCAAGUACUGAUUUCAAAGGAAAUGAGUUUAAAGCUUUGGUAUAUCAGUACAUGCCAAAUGGGAGCUUGGAGGAGUGGUUACAUCCAGAAGUGGAGACACCAAAGGAUAGCUUGACCAUUCUUCAAAGAAUAAAUAUCGUAACUGACGUGGCUUCUGCCCUUCACUAUCUUCAUCAUCAGUGCCAAACUUCGAUAGGUCAUUGCGAUAUAAAGCCAUCAAAUGUUCUUCUUGAUGAAGAUCUCACAGCUCAUCUUGGCGACUUCGGUUUGGUGAGACUCCUUCCUGGACUUGAUACUGAAGCUAAUCUUAAUCAGUUUAGCUCACUUGGAGUAAAAGGAACCAUUGGCUAUGCAGCUCCAGAAUAUGGCACAGGUGGCAAGGUCUCCAUUUUAGGAGAUAUGUAUAGUUUUGGAAUUCUAAUAUUGGAGAUAUUCACUGGAAGAAGACCCACAGACACUUUGUUCCAAGAGAGCUCUAGCCUCUACCACUUUGUGAAAACAGCGUUACCGGAGAGAGUUAUGGAGAUUCUAGACAAAACAACUCUAAAUGGUGACAUAAAGGGGAAAACAACCAAUGGAGAAGAAUAUUGGGCUAAUUUGGAAAGACGUCAGAUUGAAUGCUUGGUUGAUAUACUUGAGAUUGGAGUUGCAUGUUCAGCUGAAUCCCCAAGAGAUAGAUUGACAAUGAGGCAAGUUUACAGUCAGUUGGCACAGAUCAAAGACAAAUUUCUGGUAACGGAAAACAGAUGAAGAGGAUUGAAGCCUUAGAUAACAACUGAAACUUUGAAUUUACUUUUCAUGCAAUGCUAUUUCACUAUGUUAUGUCAGGAAUUGAAAAAUUCACCAUAAUGGAAAUUGUAAAGA